UGUUUGAAUUGUUAUCUAAAUAUCUAAAUUGUGUGAAAUUUAUAUGAUUUGUUUGAAAACUAUUUGGCAAUCAUUGUGUCCGUGUAUGGCAUCGUCGGUCAACAAAAAAAAAGACAAUCAGAUAUCUGAUUACAAUGAACUGAAAAGUCGUGAAUAUAAAGUACCGACCGAUAGGUUUCCGACAGUCGAUUCGGUUAUCGAAAGCAGGAAAUGGCUGAUCAAAGAGUUUUUAGGUAAAGGAUCCUACGGUGAUGUUAGACGAACAGUGAACAGUAAAACUGGUGAAGUAAUGGCCUGCAAGAAGAUUGCCAUCAACAACGACGAAGUGAUAUCAGCGAAAAAUUGCGAAAGAAAUUGGCAUCAAUUGAAUGGUGAACUCGUAUUACUGGUCCGAUCCAAACACCACAACCACAACAACAUUGUCCGAGUGGUCGACCAUUUUAUUAUCAAACAAUGGAAACUGUUUGCCUGUUAUUUGGUGAUGGAGUUGGCCAACGGCCGUACAGUUUACGAUCGUAUGUGGAAUCAACAGUCGGCCAAAUAUAUGCCAUUGACUGAAGAUAUAGCCAAACAGUAUAUCCGUGACACGGCUUGCGGUUUAUCUCAUUUACACGAAAACAAGAUCACGCAUAAAGAUAUCAAAUUAAGUAAUCUAUUGGUGUUUAUUGACGACAACGACAACAACAACAAGUGUGUGGUAAAGAUUGCCGAUUUCAGUACGUCUCGGAUCAGCUUCAACGACGAAGAUCAUAUCAAAGACCAUAGAUAUCAGGGAACUGUCGAUUAUAUGUCGCCACAAAUAUACAGACUGUAUGCCUAUCGUCAAACUGGUCGCCAACUACUCAAUCAUUCGCUUAAGUCGUACGAUCCGUUUGCCGCCGACAGUUGGUCACUGGGUGUCUGUCUAUUUGUUAUGAUAUGCGCCAGAAUACCGUUCCUACCUGAAGAUCAUGACUACUAUAGCCAGGAUUUACAUAAUUUCGAUACCUAUCAGACCAUAUACUCGAAUAUGAUUAAUAGAAAAUAUAAAUUAUCUCAUAAAAUACGGAAAACUUCUAGAGAUAUGUCCGAUAUGUUGGACCAACUGCUAGAUCCGCAACCAACUAAGCGCUUAUCUAUGGCGUCUGUUUUGAAACACAAGUGGCUUAUCAGUGAUAGUUAA